AUGUCGAGCAUACAAACUGGAAUGACAGCACAAGAGAAAUACUUGUUCGAUUUGCAAGGGUUUCUUGUUGUCAGGGGAGUUCUUUCCAAAGACGAAGUUCGAGAAGCCAAUGAGGCCAUCGACGCUCAUGCUGAUCAGUUUCAGUCUCGCACGGAUGAUCAUCUGCGCAAUGCUAAGAUGGGCAGUCCUCUAGCUGGAGAUGGUGCAACACCUCGUUUGGACAUGGGAGGAAUGCUGGGUUGGCCAGCUCCUUAUUCAAAUGUUUACAGAAAACUUCUUGCUCACCCUAGAUUGGUGCCCUACCUCAAUCAACUAUGUGGAGAAGGGUAUCGACUUGACCACAUGCCACUUGUGAUUGCAUCCGAAAAGGGAGCGGAAGGAUUCAGUCUGCAUGGGGGCACCAUCAAUGCCGAUGGAAAUUAUGUUCCAUACCUUGCUUAUCAUUUCUCACAUGGCAAAAUGUACAACAACCUCCUGGCCUGCAGUGUCCAGCUUGUAGAUCAUCCGGCAGGUUCAGGCGGGUUUAUUGUGAUCCCUGGAAGCCAUAAGGCAAAUUUUCCCACUCCAAUGGCAGUCAUCAAUGGAGAAGACGGAAUGGGAAGUAUAGUGUUUCAACCAGAAACAAAAGCUGGAGAUAUCAUUUUCUUUAGUGAGGGAACAGUGCAUGGAGCUGCUCCAUGGAAUAUGCCAUACCAGAGACGGAUUGCGCUCUACCGUUUUGCACCUCCAACGGUUGCAUAUGGCCGAGCUUACUUCCCUCGAUGGCCAGAGAGUUAUUAUGAGGGGUACACACUUCUGUCUGAGGAUCAACUGGCUGUGCUGGAGCCCGCUUAUAAUACGCGACUUGACAGACCCUUGGUUGCAGCACUUGUGGCAGUUGAGCAUGAAUGGAGGUCUCAAGAGAAAAAGAACUUUGACAAAAGAGUCUUCGGCACCGAAUACUUCUGA